AUGCUGCCAACACGGGUUCUUUGUCGUUCCGCCUGGAAAUGCCCUCACAUUGUCCCUAUCGACCUGAAGCCAUGGGCUACAAAGAAGCAGCCUAUCCAGACCGAUAAGCGAGCCGCAACCAUCAUCCCCCAGUUUGUUGGUGUGACCUUCCACGUCCACAACGGUAAGGAGUACGUUCCUGUCAACGUCACCCAGGAUAUGGUCGGAACCAAGCUUGGCGAGUACGCUUACACUCGAAAGCCCUUCCGAUACCGACAGACCAAGAACUAA